AUGUCCGAUAAAUUUAUAUCCGUCAAAGAUUUUGAAAACUAUGCUGUUGGUGCCUUGCCGCGAGCUGUUCUUGGAUAUUAUCAAAGUGGGGCAUGCGACGAAUACACACUUUCUAUUAAUAAUAAAGCAUUUAAUAAAUUGCGCAUAGUACCACGGAUGUUACGUGAUGUACAAAAUAGGGAUUUAAGCAUCACUGUUCAAGGUGAUACAGUAAAAGUACCUAUAGGUAUAUCUCCUUGUGCUAUGCACAAAAUGGCUCAUGAAGAUGGAGAAUGUGCGUCAGCUAGAGCUGCUGGAAAGCAUGGUGCAAUUUUUAUACUUUCAACAUUGUCAACGUGCAGUUUGGAAGAAGUUGCUGCGGCAGCACCAAACACUGUUAAAUGGUUUCAAUUGUAUAUAUAUAAAGAUAGGGUUUUAACUACAUCAUUAAUAAAAAGAGCCGAAAAAGCUGGAUACAAAGCACUUGUGUUGACUGUUGAUGCCCCUGUGUUUGGCAUCCGGUAUAAAGACAUAAAAAAUAACUUUAGUUUACCAAGUUGGUUAAAAUUAGGGAAUUUCUCUGAAGACCUGUCAGUAAUGCAUCAAACUAGUGGUUCAGGCUUGACAAAAUAUGUAAUGAGUCUUUUUGAUGAUCGUUUAGUUUGGGAUGACAUCAAAUGGCUUAAAAGCAUUACAAACCUGCCAAUUAUAGUAAAAGGUAUUUUGAGUGCAGCUGAUGCAAAAAUUGCCGCUGACAUGGGGUGUGAUGGUGUAUUUGUUUCCAAUCACGGUGGAAGACAGUUAGAUACAGCUCCAGCCACUAUUGAAGUGUUACCAAGCAUUGCACGAGAAGUUGGACAUCGUGUUGAUAUUUAUCUCGAUUGUGGCAUAAGACAUGGAACUGAUGUAUUCAAGGCUUUAGCUCUUGGAGCUAAAAUGGUUUUUCUAGCGCAGCCUAUAUUAUGGGGCUUGACAUAUGAUGGUCAAAAAGGCGUAGAGGACGUUUUUGGUAUUGUUAUUAAUGAAUUUGAUAACGCUAUGGCUUUAGCAGGUUGUGUGUCAGUAGAUCAAAUUGAAAARGAAAUGGUGGUACACAAAUCAGUAUAUUCUAAACUUUAAGUAUAUUAUAAUAUAUUGUUAUACACUUAUACUUGUACAAAAUUGAAAUAACAAGUAUAUAGAUUUGCUAAUAAAUAUUUUUAACGUAUAAAGUUCAUGGUACUCCUAAAAUGUGUCAUAAYGUAAAAACCUUAACAUUGAAGCACUAUCUGGCCUCAAUCCAAAUCAAUCAACUACUCAAAUCCACCCAAGCUAGUGAAUUAAUUUCAGAGAACCAUACGCUUCAACUAAAAAGAUACUGGUGUAGUGGUKUCAUCAGAGGCGCAAACUAAUUCAAAUUAUGGGGUGGCAAAACAAAAGUAUUCAAUACCUACCUGUUAGAAAAAAAAAUUUCACUGUGCUCACUUACAUAUAAAU